CAGAAGUUUGAAUCGGACUCGGGGGCUUUCUGCAUCGGCGGGGCAGAGCAGCGGCCACAGCCUAGACCAGCGCGUGCAGCAGCGCCCCCGCUACCCACCCCGCCAGCCUGGAUCCCGGCCCGCCGACGGCCGCGAGUGAGCAGCCCCCGACUCCACCGCUGUUCCCGCAGCCUCCCUGCGAGGGAGCCGAGCCCCCGCGCUGCGCUCCAGUCCUGCUGCGCCAGCAUGUCGUCGGCGGAGAGCCCCAGCCGCACAGCGGACAAGUCGCCGCGCCAGCAGGUGGACCGCCUGCUGGUGGGGCUGCGCUGGCGACGGCUGGAAGAGCCACUGGGCUUCAUCAAAGUUCUCCAGUGGCUCUUUGCUAUUUUCGCCUUCGGGUCCUGCGGCUCCUACAGCGGGGAGACAGGAGCAACAGUUCGCUGCAACAACGAAGCCAAGGACGUGAGCUCCAUCAUUGUUUUGUUCGGCUAUCCCUUCAGGUUGCACCGGGUCCAGUAUGAGAUGCCUCUCUGUGAUGAUGAAUCCACCUCCAAGACCAUGCACCUCAUGGGGGACUUCUCAGCCCCUGCUGAGUUCUUUGUGACCCUUGGCAUCUUUUCCUUCUUCUAUACCAUGGCUGCCCUAGUUCUCUACCUGCGCUUCCACAACCUCUAUACGGAGAACAAGCGCUUCCCGCUAGUGGACUUCUGUGUGACCGUCUCCUUCACCUUCUUCUGGCUGGUAGCUGCUGCUGCCUGGGGCAAGGGCCUGACUGAUGUCAAAGGUGCCACACGGCCAUCCAGCCUGACUGCAGCAAUGUCUGUGUGCCAUGGAGAGGAAGCAGUGUGCAGUGCUGGGGCCACACCCUCCAUGGGACUGGCCAACAUCUCCGUGCUCUUCGGCUUUAUCAACUUCUUCCUGUGGGCCGGGAACUGUUGGUUUGUGUUCAAGGAGACCCCGUGGCACGGGCAGGGCCAGGGCCAGGACCAGGGCCAGGGCCCCAGCCAGGAGAGUGCAGCUGAGCAGGGAGCAGUGGAGAAGCAGUAAACAGUCCCCGCCUGGCUACUCCUGAACUGGACAGCACCUCUUCAACACCAACAGCUCCCAGGACCUCCCUCUUCCUCCUCCAACUCCCUUCCCCCAUCAUUCUAGGCUUUGAGCUUUGGGACUACAGAUGGGCAGACGUCAGCUAUUGGAAACCUGGGCAGCCCACCCCAUGGCUUCCUAUCCCUCCUCUUGCUGGAGCCCCAGAUGGCAGGAGCUCAGUGCUUCUUGUGUACUGACUGAUUUCCAGCCUUCCCAGAGUCCAAUGUGCUUCCCACUCUUCUCUAGCUUCUCUUUGCCCACAGAGCCCACCAUGUGUGAACCAGGGAGGCACAGUAGCCUAAAAAAGGGCCCUUAGAGGGUCUAGAUGAAGCCUGAACUCAAUGGGAGCAGAUAAAUGGCAACUGAAUUGCAACUUGAGGAAAAAACUUGCCAGGAAACUUGGGACAGAAAUAGUUUCUUUUAUCCCCUUGGUCCUCUGACCCCCAGGGUGGGGCACUUUCCACCAGCACUCUAAACUAUACUUACCUUAGAAAAUUUUACCUUCCUUCCUGUCCUUCUUGGGCUUGGUCUCAUCUCACACUUGGGACACAAGAUGAAGGGCUUAGGAGCAUCUCCAUUUCAGGCCCCCUCACCCAACCACCCGGUUCACCUCCCUUCCCCUGCCUCUUGGGUCUGAGGCAUUCGAGAUCCUUUUUGAAGUCUGUCCAGGCCUUCCUUUCAUUCCUGUGCAGCAAGAUAGGGGCUCUGGAAGGGCCAGAAGGACAUCAUGAGGCUGAGUUGCCCCAGAGCCCCAGGACAUGGAUGGAUGGGCCCAUUUCCCCCUUACUCUUUGCUUGUUUCUCCCUGGUUCCUUAUAUAGUCCUUCUCUCAUACUUCCCCCUUCUCAUCUUUACAAAAGGAUGUGCCCUCUCCGUUGUCUUCCCAUCCUCCCCUGCUUCCUCAUUUUGCCAGGGUCUAUCCCCUCCCCAGUCCAGGGCAGCCUGAUGCUAUUGGUGCUUCUUCACUUUGGGACCCAGUUCCAUAUUUGUCUUUGGUGUGUCUCCUUUUCCUGAUACCUCCUCAGUCCCUCUCUAGACUCCAAGGCCAGCGAAUGCUAACUGGGCAAGGGUCAUCUACUUCUUACCCACUCAGAACACUUCAAUCUGCCCCAGUCAUCGGACUGCUCAGGGAAGGAUGAAGAGAGAAGAAUUCAACCAUUUUCCAAUCCAGUGCCAACUGGCCCGCUUAGCAUCCCAAAGGUGAAUGUGUCCUAUGCCAGUCUGUCCUCAGGACUGAGUUAACCCCCUUCAACCUCCUCACCUUCCUCAAUGCCACCCAUAGUAACAUGUGCAUUAUUGGAGUACCUGGGGGUCAGCACCUUUGACUUAGGGCCAAUUAUUUCCUCUUUGGGUCAGAGUUUUCCCACUCGAUGGGGAAAAGUGUGAGAUUUAUAUCCCUCAAAGCUCCAGAGUCCUUCAGCAAUUUGUUUUCAUUUUUUAGAUGUUGGGAAGGGGUUUGAGGAGGGAGGAAAGAAGAUGGGGAUGAGAAUGUUUCUAAAUAUGAAACUCUCUGCCCUGAGUUGUACCCAUAGUUACUCCAGGACAAGGGGAGACAGUUUCGCCUACAUGGCCAGAGACACAGAGAAUAAAGGGGUGACCUUCAUUUUUCUUCAGGCUGGCCCCUGUGGGGGUCUGUGAGCAGCUUCUACUACUUCUAUUAUUUGGAUUGUGUCCAUAUUUAUAAUUUAUUUGAAAUGUGAUGGAUAAAGUACUCUCAUUUGGGGACUGAAGGUAGCAAUGCCCUUCAGCUCGGUAAAGGGGUAGGUAUUCACUCCUGCAGAGGAAUCCCAGAAUUCUCCCUGCAGCAGAGAAGGCUCUUCCUUCUCCUAAAGAGGCUGGCUCUUCUUGGCCAGAAGAGACUAUGGCCUCUCUCUCUCUCCAUGGCCACCCUAAGAGGCCAGUUCACUUCAUUACCUCCAGAGGGCUGCCUGGGCCAAGUGCCAAGGACAGGGUUGUCCUUAUAGGAGUCAUAUGUCCUCCAACCAGGGCUGGUAUCACUGCUUUGCCUAUUGGGGCCUGAGGUAGCAGAAGGUGUCUGGUUUCUCCAGAUACUGCAGGAGGCCAAAAGGCAGGGCACUUGCCCUUUGCCCUGGUAGAAUCUGGCCCUGCCAGAAUGCCCACCUUAAACCUUUCCUGAACAUGAGUUCCCUUCAACAUUGUGGUCAUAGGUCUCCUACUUCUGGGAUUGCAGGUCAGGGGUGGGGGGAGAAUGUUGCAUGUUGUUUUCUGGUGCUUGUUAUUACACAUUUGAAUAAACAGUGCCGCAAGCAUUUGCCAUGAAGGAGCCAA